GGAGUCUCUGUUCUGUACUCGACCGGUUAACAUUCGAGCGCACUCAUUCUUUUCGUUUUAGUUUCACAUCGGAUUUCUCUACAAUUAUUUGAAAAAUAACUGUUAAGUCGCGUUGUAACAACGUAUUCAAGUGUGUCAACGUGCGUGCUGCAUUGCACUUAAUAUACAUAUUGCACAAAAACCUGUUGUUUCAACUUUUAAAUCCCAUAGAAUCGAUAAAACCAACAAGUUAUUAUAUAAACGCACUACGCAGCCUUGACGACGAUGCAACGCUUUUUUGUUGUUGUUCGCAUCUCUUUUUAAUGAGGAUGGUGUCAGUUUCCUCACAGCAGUUUGGCAGUUAUUCGAAGGGUGAGAUUUAGAGGGAGAAGGAAAUACUUAAUAUAAGUGGAUACAAAAUGACUGUCUUCUGAAGAUUUUUGUUAGAACACUGACAACAUAAACGCAACAAUGCUCACGUGCUGCAUCAAAUAUUUACUAUGUGCCUUCAACUUUAUAAUAUUCCUCUCCGGAACAGCAAUAUUAGGAGUCGGGCUAUGGUUAAAAAUAGACAGAAAUUCAUUUGUAGGACUACUGAAAAUUGUUCCAUAUGAGCAAGUACAUGAUUUUACGAAACCUGGUGUCGUGGAACAAUUAUCCUACAUCCUAAUGGGAAUCGGUGGAAUCAUGUUCUUAGUAUCUUUUUUAGGAUACUGCGGUGCCAUCAGAGAAUCUCAAUGUAUGUUAACCACCUACGGACUUCUACUUCUUGUGAUUUUGAUUUUAGAAAUAACCGCUGGAUGCCUUGCUAUCAUUUACAAAGGAACAGCUGAAACGGAGAUAAAAAACGUUCUGAAGACUUCUUUAAGUCAAUAUUACUCGGUAUCCGAGAAUGGUAGUGCUGCUAAUUUAGCUUGGGAUAAACUGCAAAUGUCUUUGCAAUGUUGCGGUGUCGACGAUCACACAGAUUACCAGAAAAAUGAGAAUUGGGCAAAGGCCGAUAAAGUAAUACCGGAGUCUUGUUGUGUUUUGAAUGAAAAUGAUAAACCAAAGAUAUCUACGUGUACGAGUUCUCCGAAUGAAGUGAACUCUUAUUAUUUAAAAGGUUGUUAUAAGGAAGUUAUGAAUUGGAUUAUGAGCAAUCUCGAUAUGGUCAUUAUAGUGUUAGUUGUUUUUGGAAUUGUGGAAAUUUUGGGCGUGUUGUUUUCGUUUUGUUUGGUUAACUUCAUAAACAAAAGUAACAGAUUUAAUUAUUAAGACGAUGAUGUAUUACAAGAUCGCAUAUUUUGAUAUGCAUAUAACAUAAUAAACAAUGUAUUUUAUGUGUAUAUUUAUACUUUGAUUGAUAUUGGAACAUAAUUAACCCUAAACUUAUUGUACAACCAAUUAUAAUAUGUAAAUGAUACAGUUCAUUUCCUAUUAAUUCAUUUUUAAUCAAAAAAUUCAUCAAAAUACUGAAAUAUUUGAACAUGAAUUUAUAUAAAAUAAGUUUACGUUAUUUGAAUUUUUUCAGAACAGUGAAAGCAAAAUAAAGUCGCCAAUAAGAAAUUCCUGCAAAUAAAUCAGUUGUAAAUAAGUCUUAACAAUAAAUACAAAGUAAACUGAAA